GGCAUCGCAGAGACUGCCGACCGGGAGAGGAAACGAUGGCGGCGGCUGUGGACCGAGGAGGACUCCGGUGGUCCACCGACACGUCAGCGGGGACCGAGGCUGCCGGGGAGCCAGACGGUCGCGGCCCGGUGCCCAUGAACCUUUUCGCUACCUGGGAGAUCGACCGGUCCUCCCCGAGCUGCGUGCCCAGGCUCUGCAUUCUGACCGUGAAGAAGCUGAAGGUUCUGAGGGAGCUGGACAGAGAGCUCAGCUCCGUCAUCAUCGCUGUAAAAAUCCAGGGCUCUAAGCGGACGUUGAGAUCCAACGAGUACCUUCCUCCUCCCGACGGCCUCAUGGAAACAGACCUGGAGCUCACCUUCUCCCUGCAGUAUCUUCACUUCCUGAAGCGAGAUGUGAACCGUCUGCAUGUGAUGUUGCAGAGGAGGAAGAGGUACAAGAACCGAACCAUCCUGGGCUACAAAACCCUCGCAGUGGGUGUUGUCAACAUGGCCGAGGUGAUGCAGCGUCCAACAGAUGGUGCCCACAUACUCGGUCUCCAUAGCAACCUGAAGGAUGCUUCUGUGCGUGCGGCGGAACUGAGCGUUCAUACUCUCUGCAGCCAUCCAAUAGAAAUAGAGGACACAACUGGUCACCAUGGCAACAAGGGCAAGGCCUCAGACCGCUCUCCUGAUGUGGAGAACUACUGGGAGGACGAUGACGACAGCUUCUCCUCUGAACAGGAAGGAAGUGACGACGCAGUCUUGCCUCAGGACAUGUUUGAUGAUGACGAGGAUGUCCGGGGAAAGAUUAAGACGUCUCACAGGAAAAUGAUGCGAACAUCCUCGCUGACUCAGCAGCCGAACUUUAAGCAGAAGUUUGUGGCUCUGCUAAAGAGAUUCAAAGUCAGUGAUGAGGUUCUGGACUCGGACCCCGUGGGUCAGAGUCAGGAGGCCGAGGAGAACCUGGACCUCCUGUACGACAGCCUGGAAGUUUACAACCCGAGCGACAGCGGCCCUGAGCUGGACGACAACGACAGCAUCCAGAGCACUCCCAAACCCAAGCUCAGGCCGUUCUUCGACGGCGUCUCUCAGUCGAGCUCUCAGACUGAGAUCGGGAGUCAGCAGAGAGAACGGACUGCAGCCGCGGCAGAUCUACGAGGAGACUCUGAGGAGGUGAAAGGAGAGGAGACCGGGCCGAGGAAACCGGAAGAUGAUGUUGCCAUGGGAACAGACACAGGCCCAGCUGCCAAACUAUGUAAAACAGAGUCUCAGACACACAUGUCACCAAGUAACACGGGAAGUCAGUCGUCUCGCCACACGUGGAUCAUCGCUAUGAAGGACAGACAGAACUCGAGAGGCAUGGACCGAACGAGCAGCAUCGACAGUGGGACAUCGUCUGAUUGCAGGAUACCUGCUCCACAGGUAGCUAGAAAGUCGGUUUUGGAUCAGCUGAACCACAUCCUGUUCUCUGAUGAUCAGAUACCUGACUCCAUUAUCCUGAUCAACACCACAGACUGGCAGGGACAGUAUCUCUCUGAGGUUCUCUUCGAUCAGCCAAUCGUCUGCACUGUUUCAACGGCUGAUGUUCAGGCCGCUUUCAGCGCCAUCAUCGGACGCAUCCAGAGAUUCUGUAACUGCAACUCGCAGACUCCGCCUACCAUGAAGGUGGCAGUAGGAGGAGAUCAGAGCUACCUGACCACAGUGCUCUGCUGCUUCGUCGAGCAGCUGGCCAGCAAGACGUCUGAUUGGUUGAGCUACAUCCGCUUUCUCAUCAUCCCUAUUGGAGUCCACCCGCUGGCCAAGUACCUGUCUUCCCUGGAUGGGAAGUUCAGCGGUUUGUUCAUGGACGCCGGCUGGAGGGAGCUGUUUGGACGCCCGGAGCCGCCUCCUCUCGAUCCUGUGGGUGUAGCCAGUCGGGUUUCUCAGUAUUUGGCCGGAGCGGCUGUUUCUCACCUGUGUCCGAUCUCCGAGGCCAUGCUGACCUGCAAACACAAGAGCCCCGACGAUGACUCCUGCCAGAAGUUUCUUCCUUUUAUCGGGCUGGUGAAGGUCGGCAUCGUGGAGCAGAACUUCAUGUCCACCUCAGUGGACUCUGAUGACAUCAUACUUGGAUCUCCUCCCUCCCAAUCAGGAGCACCGAUCAACAUCACCUCGACACCUCCUCCCUCCCCCUCCACCAGCUGUCCCACAGAGGUGAUGGGACUGCAGGUGGACUACUGGAGCAGCCAGGGUGGAGGAGGAGAGCGGAAGAAGGAAAUCGGGAUGAAGAACACGCUGAAGAGCAACUUCCGCUGUCUGCAGGUGUCGAGGCUCAGCGGAGGAGAGCUGAUGAGCAUGACGGUGGUGAUGAAGGAGAAGAACAAGAAAGUCAUAUUUCUCAGUAAGAAGGCAAAGGAGAAGGAGGCGGAGUCAAGGAGUCAGCUGAUUGAAGGAAUCAGCAGGUUGAUCUGUACCUCCAAACACCAACACACACUCAGAGUGUCCGUCGACGGCGUGGAGUGGAAUGACGUAAAGUUUUUCCAGCUGGCAGCUCAGUGGCCGACACACGUCAAACACUUUCCUGUUGGAAUCUUUGGAUACAACAAACCCUGACCUUGCUCGCUCUCAUCGUUGUCCGGAUCACAUGACCUCCCUGCGGACGCAUCGUGUUGAGCUGCUGGUCAUGAUGGGCAGUAAACCUGUAACCCCUCCUCGUCCUCUCAGUGUCAGCAGAGCAGCAGAAACCUUGUUUGCCUUUUUCUCUCACAUCAUGUUGGAGUAGAAAUACUUGUACCUCAUCAGAAAGUUUUUUAUGUGAUGGAUGUGUCUGACACGGAGUAAGUAAUGCGCACAUGUUUGUCCUGUAUUAAUAUUAAUGUUAAUAAUAGCAUCUUUUAUAUAUGGCUCAGAUGAGUUGGUUAAUUGGAUUUUUAAGGAGUAGUCUUUCAGUGGAACUCAUUAAAAUUGGCCAGAGCCUCUGUUUGAAGUGACUCUGAACAUUUCUGUAACAAAAACACAGAGAAAAAGAUCCCAGAGGGGACAUAGGGUCCACAAAGAGACAAAAACAGCAGAGACAGCUACAAACAUGCAAAACCAACGGUGUGGUGUGACUGUUUUAACCCUGUGAGGUCUGUCAUCAAAGGUGCGAACAGCCAGGAACCCUUAGAGAAAGCUUUGUUGGAAAAGCUUGAAUAGUUUUAUAUUCAUGUCAGUUACAGUUACAUAAACUUUAUUUUGUGUCUUCAGAGAACUUUUUAACAAACAAAACCAAAAGUUUCACAUUCUGAUUCCUCAGAGAGCUAAUGGUCAUAUAGAACCAACAGUCCUCAAAGCUCAGCCUUUAACCUUGUGUCAUCGGUGUUUGUGUUUUUUUCCGAUGUUUGUGUCAGCAGUUUGUCAUACAGUAGAGCUUUAACCCUUCACAGGGACGUUGGUUUUGUAAAAUAUCAAUAAACACACCUGAAAUUGUUGCUUUUCUCUUACCUAGCUCCCUAACUGUGAGCUAUCGAUGCACCUGUCAGGUUUACAUCGCAGCCCUCGUUUAGUAUAAUACAUGUAUAAUAUUGU